UUAAAAUAAAUUUGUGUAGUUUAAUCCGUACGAUACAAAAUAAGACAAAAUGGUACGCGUGACUCUAUACAGAGGAGUGGUGUUGAUGAUAAUCCUAGUGGAGUCCGUGUACUUGACGGUGGUGCUGCGGCAGCUGGCCUUAGUAGAGGAGCAUUGUGACCCAGACAACCAACACCCUCAUAAAGGAGAGGACACGAGAAUACUACCGCAACCAACCAUCUAUGUGAUUACUCCCACCUACCGCCGCAACACGCAGAUGGCCGACAUGACCAGACUAGCCCAGACCUUGAUGCACGUCCCUAACCUACACUGGAUAGUAGUGGAGGACGCUGAGAGGACGAGUCAGGUGGUAGAGGAGUUACUGGAGCGUACAGGUCUACCCUUCACCCACCUGUGUGCUACCACCCCUGACGAGUACAAGAACCAGAAGUUGAUGGGCAGAGGCGUCUUCAACAGGAGGGAAGGUAUCCGGUGGUUGAGGGAGAACGUUUUUCAUGGUGUCCUUUACUUUGCUGACGACGAUAACUCCUACGACAUCCGACUCUUCCAGCAGAUACGCACCACGAAGAAGGCAUCAGUGUUUCCUGUAGGGAUGAUCCUCAGCCUGGGCAUCAGCUCCCCUAUUGUCAGGGACGGCAAGGUGGUGGGCUUCCACGACGGCUUCCAGGCUGGGAGGAAGUUCGCGGUGGACAUGGCCGGGUUCGCUGUUAAUCUACGGGUCCUACACGCCAACCCUCAGGCGACCAUCCCCACCCGCCUCUCCUAUCUGGAGGACGGCUUCCUCAGGAACCUCAGGCUCGAACUUGACGACCUGGAGCCCCUCGCCUCUGGCUGUACCCAGGUACUAGUGUGGCACACUAAGACCCACAAGCCAGGGACGCCCAGCCUGGAGCACGUCACCCACACAGAUUUCGACACCAACUUGGUGGGGCUGUACCGCAACAUCCUCCGCUGACCCUUACACACCCCGCCUCCUGCCCUCCUUCUCUUCUGCCAUACCAUACAAGGACCUGCCACACCAUACAGGAACCUGCCACACCAUACAGGGGCCUGCCACACCAUACAGGGACCAGCCACACCAUACAAGGAUCUGCCACACCAUACAAGGAUCUGCCACACCAUACAAGGACCUGCCACACCAUACAGGGACCGGCCACACCAUACAGGUACCUGCCACACCAUACAGAGACCUGCCACACUAGACAGAGAUCUGCCACUUGUAGUUCUAUCAUCCAGCUCCCCGUACCAUCACACGUCAACAGGCUGGUCACUAACAGGCCUGUCGUCCAUGAGAGCAGUCAUCAAGACCGUUCCCAGGAAAGUUUCUCUCCCUCCACCUCCGAUAAUUCUAAAAAAAAAAAAAAAUAUCG